AUUUCUUGAUUUGAUAAAGACAAACGAUCUCAAAGAUGGCACGACAUGAUCCUAAUCCAUUUGCUGAUGAAGAGAUCAAUCCUUUCGCGAAUUAUACAAAUGUUCCUCCAGCAAACAACUCAUACCUCAAGCCGCUUCCACCGGAACCUUAUGAUCGUGGUGCAACCGUUGAUAUCCCUUUGGAUUCCGGCAAGGAUCUUCGAGCUAGAGAGAUGGAACUCCAGGCUAAAGAGAACGAACUGAAGCGGAAAGAGCAGGAGCUUAAAAGAAGAGAAGAUGCAAUUGCGCGAACUGGAGUAGUCAUUGAGGAGAAGAAUUGGCCCGAGUUUUUCCCUUUAAUUCAUAAUGACAUUCCAAAUGAGAUUCCGCUUCAUCUACAGAAGAUCCAAUAUGUCGCAUUCACCACACUGUUAGGAUUAGUAGGAAGUCUCUUGUGGAAUUUUGUGGCAGUAACUGUAGCUUGGAUCAAAGGAGAAGGUCCCACUAUAUGGCUUAUGUCAAUCAUCUACUUCAUUGCUGGGGUCCCUGGGGCUUACGUCUUAUGGUAUCGUCCUCUUUACCGAGCUACCCGAACUGAUAGUGCCCUGAAGUUUGGAGCUUUUUUCUUCUUUUACGUGUUUCACAUCGCAUUCUGCGGCUUUGCUGCAGUAGCUCCACCAGUCAUCUUUCAAGGAAAGUCUCUCACAGGUUUCUUGCCAGCACUUGAGCUUCUAACUACUAAUGCUGCGGUCGGUGUAAGUAUUACUUCUGCUCCUUCACAAGUACUUAACUUCAGCUUGCUUGCGACAGUCUUACCAUCUUUUUUCUCCCCCACAGAUAAUGUACUUCAUUGGAGCCGGGUUCUUCUGUGUCGAAACACUCCUCAAUAUCUGGGUGAUACAGGUUUCAAACUUCUUCUUACUCCCAAAUUUAUCAACACUAUAACUUGUCUGUUUCUCUAAACCAUGAAGUGCAAUACUCGAUUUUCAGCAAGUAUAUGCAUACUUCCGAGGGAGUGGCAAAGCUGCAGAGAUGAAGCGUGAAGCUGCAAAAUCAACCUUGAUGCGUGCACU